UUCAUCGCUUAGUCGCGAUUGUGAGUCACUGCAGCGAUAGAGUAGCAAAAAAAAAGUUAUACUGAGAGAUAGCACAAAAUAUCAGAUAGGAAUUGUCUGAGUCAUUUUUUCUUUCGCGCUCCCCAAUUAUUGGAUUGAUGGUAGUGCGCAUCAACGAGAGCACUGGUCAUCACCGUUGAACUCGAACGUCUCCGUCUCAAUCAGUAUAGCACGUGCUUUGAGUUAAACUAGUCCGGAGCAAGAACUAGUCGAAUUUUUAACCGACAUCCAAUUGGAAUUCCACCAUUAGAAAUAACCGCAGGCAACAAAUAAAUGCCACAGAAUUUGCGAGUGUAACAACAGAUAAGAUAAGAUAAGAUAAGCCGUUCCAACCAACCAACAACGUGAGAGGCUUAACCUGGUUUGCCUGGAAGCCGCCAGUAAACUAAUUAGUUCGAAUCGAUCAUCGUUCCCGGUCGGUCAGUGUGAGUUAGUUUGCAUCGUUUGACUGAAAAAAAGCGAAAACUGGUGAAAUAAGUGAAUUUACCCUUUCGGAAUGACGGUUCUAAGUUCCGCUGAGUGUGGCGUACCACCACCUCCUCCACCACCGAUAUCGGUGCCAGCAGCAUCAUCACCACCACCCGCCGUAAAGCCAGCGUCAUCGAAUGGAACGGCGCCGGACACGAAUUUGCUGUUCCUGGACAUUCGUAACGGAAUUACCUUGAAGCCUACCAAAACCAAAGAUAAAAGCACACCGGCAUUUAUCAAGACAUCUAAUUGCGUCAAUACAUCACCUUCUCCACCACCACAAACCAAUGGGGUCAACGAGCAGGACACGACAGCGCUGGAAGGAAUGAAAGAUGCCCUUCAGGAGGAACUACGAAACACACUCAAACGCAAGGUCAAGAAGCACAGUAUAGAGCAAGGAGACUGCGAAAAGAAUCGGCAGAUCGAAGAGGCGAUGGCAAUCAAUCGAACUGAAGUACAGCUGAAGGUCAAUACUUCAGCUGACACUUCACCAAAUGUAGUACGAAGAGAUGUCGUUGAUAAGGCAGCUGUAAGAAGCCCUAUUCCACAACGAGCACCUGUGAAGUAUAAUAAAAUGAAUAAUGGAAACGUCGAGGACGCUAUUAAAUCCGCUGAGUUCACAAAGAGUCCUGUACUCCAAAAACCUCCAGCGAAACCAGAGAGAGCUUUCAUCACAAAUACCUUGAACAAUGCACAGACUUUGCAAGCAUCUACUGCGCCUCCAAACGGUUUUCCUAAGAAAGAAAUUUCGAAAGAAUUUGCACCUAUAAAAGCGACUGUUAAACCGAUAGAUAGUUCUAAAGUCGCGCAACCUGGAUCCUUGAAGAAGAUUGGUCCCCAGAAAGCGCUUCAAAUUGAAAUAAAUCCGUUCAACCAGGAUGACUGUAUGAAAAACUCAAUCCUAUCACCGGAGGUGAAGAGUGGAAGCGCUUCGAUAAGACCUUCACAGAUAAAGACACUCACCAAGCAGGGGAGUCACGUUUCGCACACUGAUAUCGUGGAACACCCGAAACUACUCACCAAAAGUCCCAUCUCGCUGGUGGAAACCCCUAAGCCGUACUACUCACCACCCACUCCGAAGUUUUCUAGUCCCUCGAGCAGCGGACAAUCUUCUCCCCGUACCCCAACCCGAACCACAAUACUGGACACAAAACUCAGCUACAGCCUUAGAACUCCCUUGACCCCCACCAAAAUGGAUCCGAAUGCGCCCAUGAAAAAGCUUCUGAUAUCCCAUCCGAAGGCAAGCUUCACCCUUCCACGAACCAACAAACGUCAAGCUAGACCGAGUAUUGUCUCGCCAAACGGUGCACAGGAAUCGAAACCUGUUUUCAAAAUUUUAACCAAUCUGGAACAAGCCGAACGAAGAGAGGAAGCCGAAGCGAAGUCUGUCGGUGGAAAGCAACAACAUGUCACGAGAGAAAAAUCCACCGCCAACGGGGAUUCUGCCGGGGCAGAACCGAUUCUAACAUCGUACGUCAGCUUCGCCAAAGAUUUGGCUAAUGCACCCAACAAUCAUCCGGAUACGGUUAAGAAAACGACUACGGUUGGGACGGUCAAGCAGGACCUGUUCUUCGAUAAUAUGAACCUGAGGGACGUCAAGUUUGAUAUCGUGGAGAACGGGCAGCUCAGGGUUGUGAAUAAGUAAGCUAGUGAUUAUUAAUUAUUAAACGAAAACAGCUUAAUUUUUGAGCUCGAAGAUGAAUGCGUCUAUUGUUCCCGAGACUGAGAAACGUAGUCGUGAAAAAGUGAUAGAUAAUUAGUUGGGCGGUUUCGACACGCGACCAGCGGGCAGUUUUGAAUUGUACGGGUUUGUGUGGGAAUGUGAUAGGACGGUAGCCGGAAGUAAUGACUUUACCCUAUUGAUUAAACCGAUUGAAAUGCAACAGUGACUUAUAUAAAAAUAUUAAAUACUGUUGGUUUUUAUCAAAGGUCAAAUAAAUUAUGAAAAAUAUAUAGUUCUAAUAGAUUUUAAAA